UUUUACUUUUGGCCCAAUUCCCUAUUCUCCCAGAUGCUCAGCAGCCGGCACCAAGUAGACAAAAAAACGGUGAGAAGGCCCUAAGCAGUAGCAACCCUUACUCGAAGUCGAUUGCCCACUGCUCAGCCUCUCGGCCCCUCCCUGUCUGCGUCCCUUCAUGCGUGUUUCUGAAUCCUCUUCUUCCCCAGCUUUGUCUCUCCUGCCUCGCGGGGCGCCUAUGCCACUUGCCUUACCGCGAGCUCACUCAAUCCUCAUUUGCGACCUCAGAUUUUGGGAAUCGCAGACCCUAGCUCAUUCAAUCCUGUAUCGCGACCUCACUGUGCCUUGUGACAACCAAAUUGAUUUAUUGCGAAUAAUAGUUGUCAAGGAUUAUUCUGAAAUUUAAGGGGCUCUGCUACUGUUGGAUUUCUUCUACUUCAAUAUUGGCUGUAGUUUGGUGGAUUCCCACUAGGAUAAAAUACUGAACGAUGAAGCUAGACCAUAGAAAUUGAUUCUUCAGGAUCAUCAUAAAGGGAUAUGGUUUUCCUGUUUUUGUUAAGAAGAUUAGGAAGCUCCAGCAGUUUUCUCGAUGGAUUUCGGAGAGGCUUCAAUUACCAACAGAAGUUCAGUCUGGUGAAUGUCAAGUUGAAAUGGGUGAAAGAUAAGGCCUUGGAUGCUGUUGUGGUUGGUCAGGGGGAUCUCAGAGCUACAUGUAUUCUUGUUUCAAUCAUCUUGUCAGCUCCCAAAUGCUUCCUUCCUAUCUACCAGCUCACCCCACACCGUGGACAGCUUGGUCUACCUCACAAUCUUAAGCUGUCGACAUUUAUCAAGAGAUAUCCUACCAUUUUCUGCGAGUCUCACAUUCUUGAUAGUGGAGGCACUCGUGUUCCUUGCUUCGGAUUGACACCUGAAGCCUUGAAUAUUCACCAACAAGAACUCCAUAUACUUGAGCAGAACCAAAUGGAUCUCAUUGGAAGGCUUUGCAAACUGCUUAUGCUUACAAGGGAUAGGACUCUUCCAUUGCAAACUAUUGACCAGCUAAAAUGGGAUAUGGGAUUGCCUUAUGAUUACUAUGAUGCAUUGAUUCCACAUCACCUUGAUUUAUUUUCUUCUAUUCGCCUUCCUGAUGAUCGUGUUGGCUUGAAACUUCGAAUUUGGGAUGAUCGCCUUGCUGUCUCCCAGUUGCAGAAGAAUGUUGCGUUCCAACAAAAAGAAGAUGUGAAAAAUGGCUGCUUAGCCUUUCCAAUUGGAUUCACGAGAGGCUUUGGGUUGAAGAGGAAGUGCAUGGAGUGGUUAGAAAAGUGGCAAAGGCUCCCUUAUACUUCACCUUACUCUGAUGCGUCUCAUUUAGAUCCACGGACAGAUGUGUCUGAGAAGAGGAUCGUUGGAGUCUUUCAUGAGCUUCUCCACCUCACCAUAGAGAAGAGAACUGAACGCAAGAACGUCAGCAAUCUCCGUAAACCAUUGUCCCUGCCUCAGAAGUUCACUAAAGUGUUUGAGCGCCAUCCUGGAAUUUUCUACAUCUCUAAGAAGUGUGACACUCAAACCAUUGUUCUCAGAGAAGCAUAUGAUGGCCAACAACUCUGGCAGAAGCAUCCUCUAGUUGAUAUCAGAGAAAAAUAUGCAGGCUUGAUGAGAAGUGGGUUUUUGGAUAGAAGUAGGGGCUUGUACAAGAACAACACAUCAGCUAGUUUAGAGGGCUCAUCAACCAUUGUUCAUUUUGAAGAAGAGUUGGAUUGUAAUUUGUAUUCUGAACAUCAUAUAAAUGAUAGAAUCAGUGAUCCUUUCUGAA